AUGAGUGUGGCUGAGAAACCUGACUCUGUUGUUGACAGUGAUACCCAAACGGAAGGUGUAGCUGUCGAGGGUAACGUAAUAAUUCCCAAAUUUAAGGCUGCUAUCGUCAAAUUCGACAUUGCUUAUCCAUAUGGCAAGAAGCAUGAUGAGUAUACAAGAUUAUCAGCUGCAGGUAGGGGAUCGCCUGAGCUUCUGGUAGCAGAAGUAGGAGUCAAGGAUUAUGGUGAUAAUGAAAACAUGGACCUUGCUGAAAGGUUUGGAGUGGUUAAAGAUGAUUUUCCUGUCGUGAAGCUAUUUGUUGCAGGGAAAGAGGAUCCUAUAGAUUUUGACGGUGAAUUACGAAGAAACUUGAAGAUGUUUAUCAGGCGUCAUUCUGAAAUUUAUAUUGGGCUAGAGGGAUGUCUUGGUUUUGACCGCAUUGCCGAUAAGUUCAUGGUUUCUGAGAAUGUUAAAGAGAGAAAAGAACUGUUGAGAGAGGCAGAAGAUGAAUGGGACAAGAUAAAGAGCCCAUCUGACAGGCCAAUUGCAGAAAUGUAUGUCAAAGUUAUGAGGAGGGUAUUAGAAAAAGGCAAUGAAUUUAUUUCCACAGAAACAUCAAGAGUGAAUGGUUUGAUGGCAGAGAAGCUAACCAAGGAAAAGAAGGAUGAAAUGCAAGGGAAACUUAAUAUACUAAAAUCCUUUGUGAGAGAUGAAUUGUGAAUAGUAUGAGCUUUUCUCAAUAUGAACUCUUGGUGUUCAGAUUCAUGACGUGUAGUUUUUAACUGGUGGAAACGUGAAUGAGCAUUGCUCUUGAUAUAUAGCACAAUGUUUCAAUUUCAAAGGUUUUUAUUACAGUACCUUAAGUAUUUUAUAGUUAUUUAUUAUUUAUUGUGAAUGUAUUUAAUAAAUAUUGUAUCACUUUUAACAUCAAAUGUAAAAAUAUAAGGUAGUAAAA